AUGGCGGGUGCGGUGGCGUUCUCUCUGGUGAUUCUUCUUCAUUGGUCUCCAAGUUCGUCGACGCCCGUGCUAGCAUCCGGACCUGCAACAAGAAGCAUCAAGCCUGGAGGAGGGAACAAGAAAGUGGAAGCUUGCCCGGCGAGCUGCGGCAAUUUGAGCUUCGACUACCCAUUCGGCAUCGGACCGGAGUGCUCCAGAGGACCCGAUUUCAGGCUGACCUGCGACGACGCCACUCGGCCCCCCAAGCUUUUCUUGGCAGAUGGCAUCACCGAGGUUAUCCACAGCAUCGACGUUUGCUCCGACGGGUAUGAGUUCGAUCAUGACAAUGACAAUUCAAUCGAGAAGACCUCCAUCUGGCGUGUCGUGCCCAUGAAAUCCGGCGUCCGAGUGUACAACCUAUCACUGGAGCCCCCUGGGAGGUCCUUCUCGCGUGCCUACACUCAUCUAAACAUCACUGGCUGCGACCUGGAUGUGUACUGGGUCAACCAGGUACCUGCGAUAACCACUUGGGCUUGCUCCACUCGGUGCCACGGCGAGGAAGAAAUCACGGAGAUGGCGGCUAGGCACAACUGCACAGGCAUCGGAUGUUGCACUAUUGAAGUGAGUCCCAGGGAGGAUUAUGGGCAGAGCGUCCAGAAAGAUUUCCAGCUUAGUAUCGUCGUCCACGGCCACAACCAAAGCGGCAGCAUCGGCACCUCGAGAUUCAAACGGACCUCUCUAUUGCGGGAUAGAAUCACCGUAUCCAGUGACGACGCCUUGCUCGAGUGGAGAAUCGUCGAUGAACCCAACUGUAUUGCCGCCAAGAAAAGCCAUAAGAACUACGCCUGUAUCAGCAACAAUUCCAAUUGCUACGACCCAGGCAUGACAUCAAGCGAAGGCUACCUGUGCCUAUGCGACAGAGGCUAUACAGGCAACCCCUACAUUCGGGAUGGUUGCACCAACGAUAAAGAGUACAAUCCAAAUCAAACAAGAGCUGAUUGUACCCGUCAGUGUGGAAACAUCAGUGUGCAAUUCCCAUUCGGCUUAGAAGAGGGUUGCUUCGCUAGGAAAGAGUUUCGCCUCUCCUGCACAAAUGCAACAUCCUCAGGCGUCCUCAACAAGGAAGAGGACUCACGGUCUCGGGUGAUCGAUUUGGAUGUUAACGAAGGGACAAUUAAAUUCACCAAUCUUGACCACCAAAUGGAUGCACUUUACGCCUCUGAUAUUACUCCUGGAGGAGACGAUCUUUUUAUCAUUCAUGAUGUAUCCGCCUCUCUGCAAUGGGUUGCUGCAAAUCUAAGUUGCACCGAAGCUAAGCAGAAUAUAUCUGGGUAUGCUUGUGUGAGUAUCAACAGCAGCUGUGUGGAAGUGAACGCGUUUAGCGGCUACAUUGGAUACCGCUGCAAAUGCCCAUAUGGCUUCAAAGGAAACCCGUACAUUCAAAAUGGUUGUCAAGAUGUUGAUGAGUGCCUUCAGCAAGGCAUUUGUAAGGGAAGAGUCUGCAGUAAUAUAGAGGGAGGCUUCACGUGUACUGAAUGCCCUCGCAAGACUGAGUAUGAUCCCACAAAAAAUCAGUGUACUAGAAGAAAGCAGCAACUUCUCUUCAUAGGUAUUAUUAUCGGACUUUCGGGAGGAUUCAGCAUUCUACUCCUGAGCUUUGUUGCACUGUUUCUUUUCCGAAGAUGGAAAAAGAAUGUUCAAAACCAACUGCGGAAGAAUUACUUCCUCAAGAAUCAAGGGUGGUACGGGAUGGUUUAUAAGGGCAUUUUAUCUGACCAACAUGUUGUUGCAAUAAAGAAGUCUCUAGUCAUUGAGUACAGUGAGAUCAGGGAAUUCAUCAACGAAGUUGCAAUACUUUCUGAAAUAAAUCACAGAAACAUUGUGAAACUCUUUGGAUGUUGCCUAGAAUAUGAGGUUCCGUUGCUGGUAUAUGACUAUAUUUCCAAUGGGUCAUUGUCUCAAGUUCUCCAUGCUGAAUCACGAAAUGAUGUUUCUUUGGUUUGGGAUGAUUACAUAAGAAUCGCCACAGAAGCUGCAGGUGCUCUAUCAUAUCUCCACUCAGGCGCUUCAAUAUCAGUCUUCCAUCGUGAUGUGAAAUCCAUAAAUAUACUCUUGGAUGAGAACUACAUUGCUAAAGUUUCAGACUUCGGCGCUUCAAGAUUGGUUCCACUAAAUGAGAAGAGUGAUGUGUAUAGUUUUGGAGUGGUGCUACUGGAGCUGCUUGUUAGAAAGAAACCAGUUUCCAAAAAUAACUCAGGCGGGGUUCAAAGCUUGUCAUACUACUUUCUUGAGGCAUUGAAAGAGAAAGAAAUCACUGAUAUAGUUGACUCACAAGUUGCCGAGGAAGCAACCAAAGAGGAGAUCAGCAGCGUUGCCUCUCUUGCAGAGAUGUGCUUAAGAUUACGUGGUGAAGAAAGGCCUACAAUGAAGCAAGUGGAGACGGAAUUGCAGAUUUUACGAAAAAGAAACGGGUGA